CUGAGUGAAUAUUGAUUUGAAGCCAUUGUUUAACAUUUCCUUUUCCCGCUGUACGGAUACUCUCCGCCUUUCUUGGCGUCCAUCAAAACAAAGAUUCACCGAGUAGAAAGAGGAUCGCGCAGAAGAUACAAGAUCAAACUUUAUACUUGGCGCGCAGGCACAGCCUACCUUUACUUUGCAUCUAUACAAACGCAACCAGCUGGUGUCAUCGACACCCAACCAAAAACUGCGAUGAAUAAAAAUCAACAUGUCCGACGCCACACCCACCUGCACCGUCCCCAGCUGCCAAAAGCCCGACACCCUCCGCUGCUCCGGCUGCCACCCCAGCCAGCAGGCCCGCUACUGCUCGUCGACCUGCCAAGCGGCCGACUGGAAGCGCGGCCACCGCCGCACCUGCGCCGGCGCCCAGAAGCACAACUGCUUCCUGAUCCGCGCCCUUCCCAUCACUACCACCGCCACUGACCCAAACCAACCCCCCAAAGACGCACACUACCUCGAACCCUUCCCCCUCCACGCCUACGGCAACUGGGGCAAGGAGCGACAGGAGAUCCAGACGCGACUGAACUGGGCCGCAGUCUACGAGCCGGGCACGUUCUUCUCGCACCACGACACGAACGACUAACACUAUCACGUGUAUGCGCCGGGGGUGGCGACCCCCGGGUGGGAGAACUGUACGGACGACACCCGCCCCGUCAACCCCAUCGCGACGCGGUGCCUGGGUCGAACGGUGCACGGGGACGUGGCGGUGGUGCGGUCGUCGACGAUCGAGGUGAACUACUACGGGGACGCGUUCUCGGCCAAUGAGUUCGUGCGCACCCUGGCGUACCAACGCACGGCUCCGAGAAUCAACGGUAUGGGCGACCAGCAGCGGAGGGAGAGGGAGCGCAUCGCGGCCAAGUUCAGGCUCCAUGAGAGCUUCUUCCCGCCGGGGUUUCCUUGAUCACACUUGCCUUUCUUCGUUGAUGGGUGUCUUUUGGGGGGUGGUUUGGGUGGUGAAAGGGAGCGCGUGGGGGAGGGAGGUGUUUAGGAUCAAGUAUGCUAUACAGUACAAAGUACUGUACCUAGUUUGUUGUUGUUUGGUUAGUUGUGGAUAUGCC